GCGAUGAAUAACACGUCUGAUCCGUUAGAUCAUCCAAAACUGACCAGAGAGAGAAGAAAGGCCAUAAAUGACCCGUCCAAGCUUUGGACACAAAAGGAGAUACCAUUUGAAAUUGACUAUUCUCAAUUCACUGAUGAAGAGAUUUAUGUAAUCUUUCAAGCCAUGGAUGAAUGGCAGCAGAACACAUGUCUCACGUUUAGACCGACUAGAGAACAAGACAAAAAUAUUGUAAAUUUCAUAAAUGGCAAGGGUUGUAAGUCCAACAUUGGAAUGACGGGAGGUGUGCAGAACAUUUCAUUAGGAACAGAUUUUCCAUCGUGUGUAACGGGACAGACAGUUAUCCAUGAAAUAGGACACGCAGUUGGAUUUUUUCAUGAACAUAGUCGCCCAGACAGAGACCAGUUUGUUACAAUUCUUACAAACAAUAUCAAAUACGGAAUGGAAUAUAAUUUUUUCAAAAGUUACCUUAUCGAUACUUAUGGUUUGAAAUACGAUUAUAGAAGUAUUAUGCACUAUUUUGGCACAGCUUUCGGUAAAAAUCAUCAACUUACCAUUGAGACAAAGGAUCCACAGUUUCAAAAUAUUAUUGGAUAUAACAAACAUUUGAGCUUUUAUGACGUGAAACUGGUAAAUUUGAUGUAUAAAUGCAGCCAGAGAUGUAAUCCCUCUCUUAAAUGUCCGGUUGAAGGUUUUAUAGGACGGGAUUGUAAAUGCUGGUGUCCAGGAAAGCAUUUUCAGUAUUGUGAUGGCUCAGGACACAUUUCUUUCAAAGAUUCCGAAAUUCCAACUCCACAGCUUUGCCAGAAGCUGUCAAUGAGUUGUAGGUCUUGGGAGGAGAAUGGUAAAUGUACUGAGCCAACCACAUACUGUCCCAUGUAUUGCAGACAUUGUGACAGACUGCUAAGGCAAUAUUGA